UGUUAACGUCUAUGGUUGUUAUGCUUAUAAGGUUUUUUCUCUGUUUGGUGGUGGUGCAUCGUGAAUAUCUUGAGAAAUGAUUUUAAGUAAUUUAAAAGGAGAGCGAUUUACAAAAAAAUUAAAAUAUAACACUCUAAAGGAAGUGCAAAGUUUAUUUUAGUUCAGUUUACAGAUAUGUUCUCAAAAAAUGUGAGGUUAAGGAUAGGACAGUUUUUUUUCCUUGCGACUUGUUUUAAACAAAAAGUAAAUUGGACUGCCUAUUGAAAGAUAGCGUGUGAUAUUUAUUACGUAACUGAUCCUGUAACAAUUAAGUGAUAUGCUGCAGAUGGCAGAGAAGGAUGGCAGCGGGGGGGAGAAGCUGAAGCCGGACAGCGUGAUCUCAGAGCAGGAGCGGGAGUGGGCCCAACAUGCCCUGGCGGAGUUCUCCAAGGGCAACUACGGGGCUUGUCUGCAGCACCUGUCCAAGCUGGAGGCAGCCCGCCCCCAAGACACCAAGGUGCUGUACAACAAGGCAGUCGCCGAGUACUACCGCAGCGAGCUCAAGAAGACGGACCAGUUCCGCAAGAACAUGAACGUUGUCUGCGCCCAGGCUCACGUGAGCGUGGAGGAGGUGGACUCACUGGAGGAUGUGGAGCACUGUGUGAUCUACUACAGCCAGGCGGUCAUCCUGUUCCACAUGCAGCAGCACAGCUCCGCGCUCGGCAUCAUCAACAAGGUGUUCAGCUUCAUAGAGCCCAUGGAGGAGAGCCUGGCGCACCGUGUGUGCCUGCUGCUGAUAGAGCUGCACCUUCGCGCCUUCCAGCCGGGCAAGGCGCUCACGCUCAUCCAGUACAUCGAGAACCAGUUCGUGCUGACGGAGGGCAGCAGUUUGGGUGCCGACAAGGACAUCAAGCCCUUGGAGAAGGAGGGCAAGGAGAAAAAGGUGCCGGCGUGCGUGGACGCAGCCACGGAGGCGUUCAGAGUGAAGCUUCUGAAGUACCGGGCGCGCUGCUACCUCAUGACCCACGCCCUCAAGGCCUGCAAGAAGGAGCUGAAGAGCGUCAUCGCCUCCGGGGGCCUGACAAUUUCGUCAGUAUUUCUAAAGGCCAAUCUGGAGUACCAGAAGGGCAGCUAUGAGAAAGCUAUCAAAGUGCUAAACUCCAUGCCUCAGAAUGUCCCUUCUUUCAAGGACGCAGGGGAGAGCCCGGCGGUGCUGUUCUACAACGACAUGGGAUGCAUCCACCACUACAUGGCCAAGCCGCACCUGGCCUGCUUCUACCUGGGCAAGGCGCUGCAGGAGAACGACGCGGCCGUCCGGAGCCUGCCGCGACCCGACCCGUCGGAGCCGAUCUCCGGCCGGCCGCUCCACACCCUGGGGGCCAACCGCAGCCACGAGGUCCUGUACAACCUAGGCGUGUGCUUGCUGCACGCGGGUCGUCCCGCCCAGGCCUUCGACUGCCUCACCGAGGCCGUGCAGGUCUUCCAUGUGAACCCGCGCCUCUGGCUGCGGCUGGCCGAGUGCUGCAUCAUGGUCCACAAGCAGAGCAACAAGCCGCAUUUCGAGGUGAAGGAGCGCAAGAAGGAGCUGGUGCGGAGCGUGGUGGGCAGCGGGCCGCACCGAAAGGUGGUGCUGAGCCCCUGCCUGUCGCAGGACACCCGGUACAGCUGCGAGGGCCAGUCGUACGCGGUGCCUGUGGCGACGCUCGAGUUCGCCACGUUGUGCCUGCGCAACGCCCUGCUCCUGCUGCCGGAGGAGGGGGGGCUGCCCGCCGCCCCCUCCAACCCCCUCGGUCCCCGCGAGGUGGCCAUGCUGCGCUGCUCUGCGCUGGCCGACAGCGCCUAUGUGGGCCUGUGCCUGGGCGAUUACGUCACGGCCCUGGGCCACGCCCGCACCCUGCUGGUGCAGCCGGACCUCCCCGGCACGCACAGAAUGCUAGGGCACAUGUACGCCGCGGAGGCGCUCAUCUUGAUGGACAAGAUCUCGGAAGCUGUGGAGCACUUGAACCCAGACAAUGUGCAGGACCUCUCCCUCGUGCCUCCCGUCAGCGACGUACGCGAAGCCGACCACGAAGGGGAGGAGCGCAAACCACUCAGAGGCUGGUUCCCCAGCUCUGUGCCGACAGCUCGUGCUACCAUGCAGUACAACCUCUCUGUGGCAUUUGCGAUACGUGGAGAGUUAGACAAGGCUGGAGAAACACUCAAGCAGGUAUGGAUCUCAAAGAACCAGAUGUGUGAUAUUCCUGUCCAUGUCAUAAUGCUGGCUCUUUACAUUGAACUACAACUAGGUCACGCAGACACUGCCCGCUCAAUCAUCAAGCAGCACGCCUUGCAGUACCGGUGAGGCACGCAGCUGUGGCCGCUGCUCACGGGAGCGAUCUGUCUGGACGGACUACGUGGGAGUGCGUGCUGCUAGCCACAGUGUCUGUCAGCGUGGUCCACAGCCUGAUAUUUAGGUUGACGCCUGCCACAUAUUUUACUGAAGCCACUAAGUUAUUGAGUAUUCGAGUGACGACCAUGGAUGACUUAAAAAAUAAAUACUAAAAAUCAA